CUUCUCAUCCGUUUCCCAUUUGGUGCUGCCGGGAAGGGCACUCUGGAAUUAUUCUGAAACUCAGGAUAAUCAAUAGAGGCUUGGAUUAGGAAUUGGAUUCCUGACUCUGAAGACAUUCAUCUCUUUUUGAACGAAGAGAUGGGGAAAACGAAGGACGGCGAAGUGUUCAUGGAGGAGGAGGAGGAGGACGAGUUGAAGGAUGGAGAUGCUUGCAGCGAGAAGAGUUCGCAGGUGGAGACCGACGUCGAGAUGCAGGAGACGAGCGAGGAUGAUGACGAAGACUAUGCGUGGGAGAAGAAGGUGAAUCAUUCUCCUUCUUCUGUCUUCUCCUCUAGUCAGUGGCCUCAGAGUUACAGGGAGUCGGUUGAUUCGUAUACAAUCUCUGCGUCUCCAUCGUUUGGGCUUCUUCAACAGAGUCCCAGUAUCCGGUAUUCAAGUUUUGGUGGCAAUGAGUUUGAAGCCAAAUUGCCCUUGUUACCCGAGGACACUAUUGAGAAGCAAGCCUCAGAGAAAACAUCGAGCAAAUCCAGAUUAUUCCAGGAGUCAUGUCACCUAAAUUUGCAGUUCUCCGGAGAAGGACUCGGCAUUCAAGGAUGUAACUUAACCCAGACCAUUUUCAACGGUGUUAAUGUGAUGGCGGGUGUUGGACUUCUUUCUACACCAUAUACAAUCAAAGAAGCGGGAUGGGCGAGUUUGCUUGUCUUAGCUUGUUUUGCAGCAGUAUGCUGCUACACAGGCAUCUUAAUGAGACGUUGUUUGGAAAGUAAAGAUGGCAUCUUGAGUUACCCUGAUAUUGGAGAAGCUGCAUAUGGAAGAUUUGGGCGAUUUCUUGUGUCUAUUGCUUUAUACAUGGAGCUGUUUUCAUAUUGCGUGGAGUUUAUCAUUUUGGAAGGUGACAACCUGACAAGGUUAUUUCCUGGCACUGCAUUUGAUUGGGCGGUAAUCCGUGCUGACUCUGUUCACUUCUUUGGAAUUCUAACUGGUCUCAUCGUUCUUCCAACAGUUUGGUUAAGAGAUCUUAGAAUUAUGUCUUACCUUUCAGCUGGUGGUGUUCUCGCGACCAUUUUAGUCUCGCUUUCAGUGUUUGUUACGGGUACCACUGAUGGUAUAGGAUUUCGUCAAACAAGUCCAUUUAUUAGGUGGGGUGGUAUCCCCUUUGCAAUUGGUGUGCAUGGUUUUUGCUAUUCUGGGCACUCUGUUUUCCCUAAUAUAUAUCAAUCAAUGGCUGAUAAAACAAAAUUCAACAAGGCAUUGGUCAUUAGCUACCUUUUGUGCACUGCAAUAUAUGGUUCAGUUGCAGCAAUGGGAUAUCUCAUGUUUGGCCAAAGAACACUAUCGCAAAUAACCUUAAAUUUGCCAAGGCAUUCUUUUUCCUCAAAACUUGGACUCUGGACAACAGUAAUUAAUCCUUUGACCAAGUAUGCUUUAUUGCUCAAUCCCCUGGCGAGGAGUCUUGAAGAAUUGCUUCCAGUAGGGACUCGGAAUGAGUUUCUCUUUUCCAUGCUCAUACGGACAGGACUUGUUGUUUCAACUGUUUGUGUUGCAUUUCUUCUGCCGUUUUUUGGUCUGGUUAUGGCCUUAAUUGGCUCUCUUCUCAGUAUACUUGUGGCCGUCAUCUUACCUUCACUCUGUUUCUUGAAGAUUUCAAAGACGAAAGCUACAAACUUUCAGGUCAUUCUGUGUAUAACAAUUGCUGGAUUGGGUAUCGUCAGUGCAGUUCUUGGGACGUACUCCUCUGCAUCUAAGAUCCUGCACAACUUUUGAUUCUCACCCCAUUGGGGUCAGUUGCUUUUGUCCGAAAGAAAUUCUGACCUAUUUUUCCCGUCUACAGAACAUAAGAUGGGAAGCACAUCUAUAUCCUGGAUUUUUGUGGAUAAAUAAUGUGUUUACUCUAGCCGAUCUUUCAGGCAGAAUGCCAGAACCAACUUGGCAACAGAACUUGACAAAUACCAAACAGUAUGGUGACUGAGGUAAUGUAAUCAGAUCAAGAAUCUUGAUGAAACCCAUGGCAUAGGUGCCAAUCUCGUUUGAGAAUGUGAGAAAGAUGAUCACCUCUCUCUCUCUCUCUCAAUUUCUUCUUCAUUGUU